GAGACGGUGCUCCUCCAUUCAUCAUUGAUCCACUGCAGGACUCUGUUUCAGGGGGUGUGAAUUAUGGGCCCCUGUUGUCACCGUGCCUGCUCUGCGCUGGACGUUUCACCUCGCCACUGUAAAUUUACAAAGGGGAUUACAUUCUGCUGACCAGUGAUUUCAAAGCCGUACCCGGUGCUGGUCCCUCCCUGACAAGCGGACUUCAUUGCGGGGUUUGGUGGUUUUAUUUUUUUUAUACAUCAUAGGGUCUGGAACAAGGCUGCCGGGAAAGAAAACGGAUCUGGACUAUAGAUACAGUCAGUAAGUCGCUGUUUACGCAUUGAAGAAAAGAAGAAAAAAAAGACUUACUCUCUAGAGUGAGAGAGAGAGAGAGAGAUAGAGCGGGGAGAAAAAAAAAACAAAAACAAAACGAUUUGUAGUUGCCUGGGCGUUUUGGACGCGCUCCGUAUAAACGGUGAUGCCUCGGCGACGCGCCGGAGUCGUAGAGGGAAGAGGCAGGUGAGGUGCGGCUGAGGAGCGUUAUUCCAGAGAGCCUUGGAUACCAGGAGAGCUGCUGCAGCCGUCACCCUUUUCUCUACUGAGGGGAAACAAGACCGACAGAGAGGGCGGGUUGGCACCUGCUCCAGCCUCCCCAUACCUGGCCAUCUGGUGCGUGCAUGUGUGCUGCUGCCAUGGCAACAGUGGCUCCUCCCCUAGCGCUUCUUCUCCUGCUGCUUCAGCUGGCUGAUGGCUCAUUCCCAGAGGAGCCAGGUCCACUCAGCUACGUCCCUGUAGAGGUGGUGAGGAGAUAUCCCGUGUUCCUGGGCAGAGCCCAUCGCUCCGCUCUGAGACAGGAGCUGCACAUCCAAACGGUCCUCCAAGUCAACCGCACGCUUUACAUCGGAGCCAGAGAUGACUUGUACAGAGUGGAACUGGACAACAUGGCAGGCGAAGAAAUGUUUUACAGCAAGAAAAGGACCUGGGAGUCCAACAAGAACGACAUUCGAGUGUGUCGGAUGAAGGGCAAACAUGAGGGAGAGUGUCGUAAUUUCAUCAAGGUCUUGCUCAGCCAGCACGAUGGCCUGUUUGUAUGUGGAACAAACGCUUUCAACCCCCUGUGUGCCAACUACACCCGAGACACUCUAGAAAUGGCAGGAGAGCCCGUCAGCGGGAUGGCCCGGUGUCCAUACGAUCCUCGACACGCUAAUGUGGCGUUAUUUGCAGAUGGAAGUCUUUUUACCGGCACUGUGACAGAUUUUCUGGCCAUCGACGCGGUGAUCUAUCGCAGUCUCGGCGACAGCCCAGCUCUCCGCACAGUGAAGCACGACUCUAAAUGGUUUCGAGAGCCCUACUUUGUCAGUGCCAUGGAGUGGGGGCCACAUAUUUAUUUCUUCUUUAGAGAGAUGGCCAUGGAGUUUCAUCAUCUAGAGAAGGUUAUGGUGUCCCGUGUGGCUCGCGUGUGUAAAUCAGACCUGGGUGGCUCUCAGCGUGUCCUCGAGAAACAGUGGACCACGUUCCUGAAGGCGCGUCUGAACUGCUCYAUCCCGGGAGACUCCCAUUUUUACUUCAACCUCCUACACGCCACCAGCGACAUCAUCCACAUGCAGGGACGGGACGUCAUCCUGGGUCUGUUCUCCACGCCGCCAAACAGCAUCCCGGGCUCUGCGGUUUGCGUGUUCGACAUGCAGCAGCUCGCUCAUGUUUUCGAGGGCCGAUUUAAAGAGCAAAAAUCCCCAGAGUCUAUUUGGACACCUGUACCAGACGAAGCAGUGCCUAAACCGAGGCCAGGCGGGUGUGCGGUGCAGGGAUCWAGAUUUAGCACCUCAACAACUUUACCAGACGAGGUCCUGAACUUUGUGAAGACUCAUCCGYUAAUGGACGAGACUGUGCCGCUGCUGGGACACAGACCCUGGGUGGUCAAGACUAUGGGAAGGUACCAGCUGACAGCCAUGGUGGUAGACACAGAAGCUGGCCCCCACAAGAACCGCACCGUCUUGUUCCUGGGCUCCACCCGAGGGACCAUUCUCAAGUUCCUAAUGAUUUCUGGUGGAGAUUCAGUCUCCCACAGCAGCGUGUUUUUGGAGGAGGUGGAGGGAUUCAAUCCUGAGAAGUGUGGUGAGGACUCUCCUCAGGCCCGUCAGCUCUUGUCCCUCACACUGGACCGAACCAGCCACACUCUGCUGCUGGCCUUCCCCUCCUGUCUGGUCAGAGUCCCCACAUCUCGCUGUCACCUGCACGCUCGCUGCAUGAAGAGCUGUCUCGCCUCAAGAGAUCCGUACUGUGGAUGGACCAGAGGCAGUACCUGCUCCUUUCUGAGGCCAGGGACAAGAAUCCCCUUUCAACAAGAUGUGGAAUAUGGAAACACCACCUCCCAUCUAGGAGACUGUGAUGGAAUUCUGCAGCAGAGUUUGUUGAUUGAGCCAGAGAGCCUGGUCUCCCUCAAUCUCCUCGUUGCGUCUGCGGUCUCGGCCUUCACCAUUGGGGCGGCGCUCUCCGGGCUCGCCGUGUGCUGGAUCAUGGCCCACAAACCUGCCAACCGUCGUCACGGCGGCAGCUCCCAGUCCUCCAUCCAGCGGCGUGAGAGGGGCCUGCUGAGUAACUCCGGCGGGAUGGCCGGCUCUGUGCUGAGCGUCACGAGGCAGGGAGGUGGCGAGCGCUCGUGCUCACAGGGUGGGGAGACCCUGUUUGUUAUGCCCAACGGCUGGGUCAAAUCGGGAGAGCUCGACCCRGGAUUCCUGCCCACUCCCGAGCACACCCCGCAGCAGAAACGCAGAGGCCUACGACUCUCUGACUCCAACUCCGGAGGCUGGGACACCAGCCAGACGUACCUUGGUGGAGGGUCUGUUGGUCUGGGCUCGCCCUGCCGCAUGCCGCCCUCUGUGUACCUGACCACUAGACUCUUUCAGCAGGGUGGAGGGGGGAGACAUUGCAGUGAGGGACGGGGGAACGACACGCCACGCCAGCACUAUGUCUGCUUGAGCAAACAAGAAAAAGGAGGGAAAGGCACCCCUAGAGCCCCCGUUAGGAAGUCUGCAGGAGAAUAUGUCUACCCCAUGACCCCUCAGGACUCUCCUGAGCGCAGGAGGGUAGUCUCGGCACCGAGUGCCCCUGUUGAGUACAGCGAGCCGCUGCCCUUGCGUUGGCCGGCCCCGGARGGGUACAUCCUGAGCAGCCAUGGGAUGGUCCCCGUCCCCCUGCCACCACCCACYAUGCCCCCUCCCGGUGGUCAGGCCUACAUGUCCCAGCAACACACACCAGGYCUGAGCAGGGCUCUGCUGAGAGGAGCUCUGGAGCGGGGGGAGUUGGGGGAGCUGGUGGAUCUCAGCCAGCUGAUGAGCAAGAAAAACUGCAGUGAUAGGACUCAGGCAGGCCAGUGAUUUCGGAGGAAGUGAAGCAUUCCUUCCAUGUGUGGAGCGCGCCGUUAAAUUUCCAUGGAUCUCUCUCCUUUCUCCUCAUUCUGUCAAUCCCUCUCCCUCCCUUUUCCAUCCUCUUACUCUCCACAUCUAUAUUUCACUGUCAUCCAGCUUCCUCUCUCCUUUCACACUCUCAGGCAAACCUCUUCACCCCGUAACGAGCCUUUGCCUUCAACUGGCUGCUGGCUCUGCCACUCAUAUCCUUGCUCUCAUUAAUUGGUCAGACCAGCUGAGGUUGUUGCUGUGUCUGCAAUGCAGAGUUGCCUUUCCCUCCAGCUCUUUUGGAUGAGAGAGAGAGGAGGUGAUGGAGGGAAAAAGAGAUGRAAAGAAAACCAAACCGGGAGCACUGGGGAUAAGGACAAAGAUUUAAAGAAUGCCUUCCUUUCUUCAAAUUGACUGGAUGCUUUGUCUCUUCCCUAUGACAUUACAGAGACUGCCAGCCAUCUGUCCCUAAGUGUUUCCUGUCGCUCUGAUUGCCAACAAGGUACUUGAAGCAAAAUUGCAAACUCCGAAGACUAUUUAAGUAUCUAAGGCCGGAGGUGAAUCAACAGGCAGUGACUGGGACUGAACAGAUGAGUCUAAGCAAAUCCCUCCCUGAUUUCCUUUUUAUACUCCUUCACCUUGCUACACACAUAGAGCUUACACGUGAUUGUACAGGUGGAUCCCUUGUAUUCUAUGAAAAAGCAUGACUUGUGUGCCAAAUGCCUCUAACACGCAGGGAUACGGGACCAUAACUCACGCCUGUGGAGAGCAGAGUGCAGCACUGAAGUGUCAGCACUAUUCCUGCCAACUGCACCCUCUGUGUAAUGACAGCAUCUCAGCUGUCCGUCUCCCCCCCCAACCACACCACCUCCCACAGCCCCCCUCCACACACAUACACCCUGUUCUUUUUAAUGACCAAUGAUUCCUCAAGGAUGCCUGGUGGGACUGCGCCAUUGGACGGAUGUGGAAAAGCCUUUACUGAAUUGAGGACAUAAAGGGGGGAAAAAAAAUUCAGAGGUGUUGUACUGAGAAGAAACUCAAAUCGCUGCAAUAUAUAAAGACCUCUUCCGUCAUUUGGGUUUUAGUCUCCAUUUAAACACUUGGGUUAGUGAUAUUUAUAGAACCCAGCCUGGUUUUUGGGCAUAUUUCCUUUGUAGCCCUACAGUGGGUCAAGGUCCUUUUUGGAUGUGAUACAGUACAAUGUGACAGUUACAGUGAUAAUGAUUGAAACCUCUGGCUCAACUCGGAGGCGGCAGGGGGAAUGGAAAUGUCCCCCGCCGCCAAGUGGAACUGUAUAUUCAACCUAUCAAAGUGUCCUGUGCUAUGAAGCAUUCUACAUUUAGAGCUACACACUGCAGCUUCAAAUUACAGCAGAGACUAACGAUACAGUACUGGAGGCUUUUAUUGGCACCCCUGGUAAAGAUAGAGACAAAACCUGAAAAUAAAUCCAUUAUUUACUGCGGUAACAUAAUCUCCCUCUGAAAACCUUUGAAAAAUCCAAAAUUUUAUUGUGAAGAAAUGAUUGUUUUAUCAGACUCAGAGGGGGCCACAGUUUUUGGUACUCGGGUUGUUAAUAGUUUGCCAAUAGGAUGGGAAAUAGACUUCUCUUAUGACAGACUCAAAUWUUUUUGCCAUAUGCUCUCUUUUAUUCAGUUCAACCCCAYAAGUUUUCAGUAGAAUCAGAGCUGACCCAAAAAGUUCAAUGAGAGAUACAAAAGACAGGAAUUAAUAUAGUUGCUGUAACUUUUGACUCUCUUAAUAGAGCUUUCUAGCUAUAAAGGUUUUCUCUAGCAUUUGUGCAACUGGUUAUGAGGAUGUCCUGUGUGACAAUUUUAAUGCAACAUUUCUCUUCUCAAGUCCAUGACUAUGUGGACUCUAUCAUUGAAGAGAAAUAGACCCAUGGUACUGCAGAUCCUUCACUGCGUUUACAAUGUGCAGGCAUCAAUUUCUCACCUGUUCGUUCCUUAUUUCACUCCAUACCCACAUAGAGUUAUUUUUGUUGCUCAAACUAAGCAAACGCCAGCCCAAAUCUGGAUUUUCCCUUAUCUGACUUUUUCGUGUCACCAAAAUCAGAUGCGUAUCCGAUAGUUUUCAGACCGUCUGCUGUCUGAAACGUUAUGUCACGUGUUAUCUGACCUUUAUGUCUCUGGGGAUGAGUGUUCUGUCGAGUCUUAAGGAGAGGCACUGACAGAUUAAGUCAAAGGUGCUCCUCGACAUUCUGAAACUAUGAAAAAAGUCUGCGUCAGUGGAGCACAUCACAUCACAAUCCUACCACUCCUUGCACAAAUCCAGAAAGACGAGUUUACAAGAGUCUUUUUUGUUAGCUUCUUUUGAUUUGUUAUGAUCUGGUGGCGAUCCUGUCARUUCCCAUYGCUGAAUAACUUUGAAAUCAAUCAAUGGACAAUUUUAGUUCCACUAUUCCGUAAAAAUGUGCUGCUGUGUGACAUCUGCUUUCUUCUUCUGUGCAUGUGGGUCGCAUUUACACAGAAGUCUGAUUGCAGUCGCAUUUAGUGGGUAGCAUGAAAAACCACGCAAAAAAACAAAAAARAAUUUCUGCAAAAAAUUGAAAUUGAGUAUCCAGACAUGCUGUGURAAAGUAGUCAUCUGCCCACAKSMUGUGGGCAGAUGACUACAUCAAAAAGUUGAUGAAUUUAGCAAACAUCAACUUUUUACAUUCAUGCCGAAAGCAAAGGCUCUUUCCCGAAAUUGUUUCCAGUCAAGCAGUUGACAUGAAAAUAGCAUCUAAAAGUUUUUAUAAAGAUUUUGGUGAUUCCCAAAAUGCCACUCUUUUUUUUUUUAUUAUUAUCUCCGUUACCAUCCUCCUCAACAGCCCAGUCCUGGGUGAUUUAUUGGAAGUAUGUAAAACUCUAAUCAGACAAAGUAAUUUUAAAAAAUGUGUCAAAUGAGUGUAUUUUCAAAGGGAUUGUCACAACUACCAUCAUGUUUCAUUGAAUGCUUUAUUAAAAACUAAUCCCCCCCUCCCCAUCAAAUAAAUGUACUUAAAUUAAAGGGGGCAUUUUUCUAAACUUUUUUGUGUGAGCUCAUCCAGCUGCUAUAAAAGAUUUUUUUUUUUUUAAAGUUUCAAACAUAUGUCUAGGGGUGCCAUUAAACGUUAUCUGCACUGUAUAAAACUUGAUCGUAACUUUACAAGAAGACUUGAUUCGUCAGUCGUAGUCUGGUAAUUGACCAAUGAAUGCUGGUUGUUUGGGCAGCAAUAUAUACUUUAAAUGUACAUAUGAAACUUUGAUUUAGACUAAAUGAUAAUGUAAGACUGUAGCUCCAAAAUAUAUAUAUAUAUAUAAAUAUACAUAUAUAAGCAGGUGUCAGGCUUGCAAGGCAGAACAUUUUUCAUGCCAUUAAUGUUUUUAUAUCCAAAUGAUUCAUAUCAACUGGCUCUAAGAUGGAUCCCACCGAGUCACAAGUGUGUCUUUUUCACAUUGUUGUGCCAAACCCAGCUGAUGGAAGACUUACUGAUGCCUGAUCUUACAGAAGCAAAAACAGAAAAAAAAACUGAGAGAAAUGUCUUUAAGUGCCAUGAUGAAGUACAUUUCAGUCAGCAGUGCACCUUUCUCAUGUACUGUGGUUUUGAAGAACUCUCUAAUUGCAGUAUAAUUGUGAUAUGUAUGCCUUUGACCUUACAUGCUGAAUGUUUUCUUUUUUUUUUUACAAAAUUUUGGCUUGUACUGUUGAGAUCAUUUUUUUCAGCUCCCCUCUUUGUUGCYGAAUGCUACUUUAACUCUUCAUGUCAUACACUGUAAAUAUGUAAGAUUGAAUACUGUCUCUACUUGUCAUGCCCGCUAUGGUUUCAGUGUUUCUGUACUCUCUCCCAGAUGACAUGAACUGUGUGUUCGGCUCACAUUUUUAUGAYGACGAUUCCUGAAUACUUUACAAGCAAACCUUCAAAUGGACUGAAAAACGCAUUGAGGGAGCACUGUGUGACUGUGUGACUCAUUUGUGAGUUUUUUUUUUGUUCGCAGUCUAGUGAUUGUCUUUCUUUGCCAACCAAACUGCCAUACCGAGAGAUCUCCAACCUGAUUAGUGAAUGUGCUCAUCCUGUUUUUCUUUGUGGUCAUCAUACUGUGCGAUAAUAAUGAAAAGCACAAAUUCGGGUUAUUGUUUCUUUAGUUUUUUUUUUAAUUAUUAUUAUUAUUUUGAAGGAGCUGUCUGUAUCAUUUGUGAAUAGUGUAAAUAAUCAUCCUGAAUGUAUUGUGUAUUGGGUUUAUUGGGGCGGGGGAGGGAUGUUGCUGUCCUCUGUCUUUUAAGACAAGACUGCGAAGGAUUUUUUUUUUUUUUUUUCGGUGACAAUGCUGUGAAUAAAACGUAUGUAAAAUGACCUGAUGUGACUUUCGCUAAGCGCAGAGUUUAGCCGUUUCCUUCAGUUUCUUAGAUUAGGAUUGAAGGCCCGACCUCAGUCGCUGCUCAACCUUCUYAUUUGACUGAUGCCUGUAAUGUCUUUUUUGCAGUCACUACGCUGCAGCUGAUAAUAAUCAGUACUGCUAUUAAAUGGCAUUAUGUAAUUGA